UGUAAAUUCGUUUUAGAUGUGGGGAAUAUCAAAUCCAGCGUAUCGAAUUCCGUUGUAAUGUUUUAAAUAGCUUUACAUGUGUGUUAAAAAAAAUCGUACGUACCGGAAGGGUAGCAAGUAACAGAUCAAGGACACGAGCGGAUAAAAGGAGACAGACGGCACUGUAAUCAGUCGAGGUUCGUCCACUGCACAGGAAAGGUGUUCUGCCACAAGCACAACAAUGGAAAAGACAGUCACGCUGAGCUGCGGAGGUCGCAUGCCUCUUAUCGGGCUGGGAUGCUGGCAGUCCCCCCCGGACAGGUGACGCAGGCGGUGGAGGCGGCGCUGGACGCUGGCUACCGCCACAUCGACACCGCCUACAUCUACCUCAACGAGGAGGCCGUCGGCGCCGGCAUCCGGAACUGGCUCGAGAAGACAGGCAAGAGCAGGGGCGAGAUCUUCGUCGUGACCAAGCUGCCCAUGAUCGGCAUGAACGAAGGAGGCGUGGAGAAGUUCCUGAAGAAGUCCCUGGAGAAGUUGCAGCUGGGCUACGUGGACCUCUACCUCGUCCACGGGCCCGUCGGCGUGAUUGUAAGGCGCCGUGAUUUUCUGGGUCAUUUCUCUGGUUCCCUUUGGACACUUGUCAGUUCCUCUUUUCGUCUAGGAUAUAUAUAUAUAUUAACGUUUCUUUUUAUUUUCAUUUGGGAUUUUUUUCUGGACAAUUUGGACUCUUUGGUGACUCCCUUUUGCAUUUGGGAUUUCUAAGAAAAAAAAAAAAACAAUUACUUUGACUUCUCAUCCUGCUUUCCUGUUUCCAUUGACAGUCUUCUUAGAACUAUUUUUGUGACUUUUUAUUUUGAUGUUCCAUCAAUUUCUGUAUUCGUACAGAAUCUCUUCGAAUACAUAUCUUUG